GCAACCGUACCCCUAAAUACCAUCUCUAUACACCAACACCAAAAAACGACAAUUUUAUUGGCAAAAUCGGUAUAAAAAUAACGUAAAAUAAAGCAGGAUAUUCGAGUGCGCCGACCGCAGCGCAGCGUACCGAGAGCCUCAAUUGAAUCGCGAGCGUCUACCGGACAGGACGAGGACCUGCAGGCGGCGCGAUGAGUGUCCUGGCGUAUCCACGUACCAACGACGAGGAGAUUUUCCGUCACUGCACCAAGGACUGCGGAGUGGUGACGGCCACGGAGGACUUCCAGUACUUCGCCCUGCGAUGCAUCUUCUGCAGCGAGAAGUUCCUCUACUUCGACUCGUUCAUCGGCCACAUGCAGACGGUUCACCUGGGCGACCAGUCCGUGGCGAAUCCCGCCUCCUCCUCGCGUCUGGGCUUCAAUCUCGGCGAGCCGAUGUCCCUCUCCAGUCGCAACGGGGACCUGCCCAACUUCCACGAGAUCGAAGACUUAACGGACGCGGACACGGCGCUGCUGGAGCCGCAGAUGGUCAUUAAACAGGAGCUGCAGGAGCUACCCUGCAGCGACGAUGAUGUGGCCGGCGACGAGGAGGACGACGAGCAUCGGUUGCCCGAUUCCGAUGCCGGUGACGAUGAGGACGAAGCUAUACUGCCCGAGAGCGAUGUCCCGGUGGUCAGCUCCAAGCAACGGGCUCGCAAGAAGGUCACUAAACAGCGCCAGAUGGACAUCUCCAGAGAGGCACUCAUCGUCGGUGACGGCGAUUCCUCUCUGGACGAUUACGGCGAUCCAGACCACAGCUACAUGGACGAUAAUUCCGGAGAGUAUUUGGACUACAGCGGCUUCGACGGCGCCAACCACAGUGGCCUUGGACCCGAAUCUGACUUUCUCAGUUAUGAUGAGAUGGUGGAGGAGUCCUUGCUGGGACGCGACCGAGAGGUGACGAUGCACAUCAAGGACCGCAAGAUGAUCCAGUUCCUCAUCCACUCGUAUCAGCGCAACCCCUUUCUGUGGGACCACGGCAACGCACAGUUCCGGGACCGUGUGAAGCGCGCCCGCUUCCUUGACUGGAUCGUGCUGGAGUUCAAGAGCCGCUUCAACAUCUCGCUGGCCAAGGACGCCAUCACCCGCAAGUGGGACAACCUGCGGACGGUGUACAAGAGGGAGUGCAAUCGCAUGGCUCUGGAGAAGACCAACAUUAGCACGCUGUGGUACUUCAAGGAGCUGCACUUCCUCAACGAGGUAUACAGCUACAAUGACAAGAUGUCCGAUGCCGUGGUCAAGGAAACUUCAUAUCGGCGCCGUUUCUCGGCCAUUUGGAAUGACACGUCUACGGCCAAGUUGCUGAGCAUGGUGAAGCGGUACCAGUGCUUCUACAACCGCUUCGAUCCCGACUACCGCAGCAAGGAGCGGCGCGGCGAGGGCCUCCACCAGAUGGCCAUUGAGCUGCAGCAGCUGAUCGACGUGACUACCAUCCAGAUCUCGAAGCGCAUCUCCCAGCUGCGCUUCGAUUACUCCAAACAGAAGAUGGAGCGCCUCAAUAGCGAGCGCCUCGGCAAGAAGUUCAUUGCCCACUAUAUAUACUAUGAUCAAAUGCACUUUAUGGACGACGAUAUACCGCCGUUCAAGUGCGCGCACUGUCCGGAGAUUGUGCAAACACUCAGGGAACUGGACCUUCACAUGCUCACCCACCAGCCAAGUUUGGGUGGCGGAUACUACUGCAACAUUUGCAGCAUACAGUUCCACAACGCCGAGGAAUUCGACAGCCACAAGCAACUGCAUUUGGGCGGCGUGGCAGAGGUAAAGUUCAACUGCGAACUGUGCACGGCCAGCUUCCGGGAGAAGGCCAACUACGAUGAGCACCUGCGGCGGCACAACGAGGAGCUGUUCCUUCCCUCGCUGGCCCUGAAUCACAGCAUCAUGGAUAGUGGGACCACGGAGGAGGAGGACAGACUUGAAGGUGAAGGGUCCAGAGGUAGCGGUGGCCGACGAAAACGGGCAGGCGGAGCGACUGCUUCCAAGUCACCCGAGGUCUUGGCCGAUGAUGACGAUCCAAUGGGUGGAGGAGGAGGCAGUGACAUUGCCAAGCCGUAUGGAUGCGAGGUGUGCCGCCGCAGCUUCGCCACGCCGGGCCACCUGAAUGCGCAUCGAAUUGUCCACCAGGAUGAGCGGGAGCGAUGCUACAAAUGCGACUAUCCGCAGUGCAAUAAAUCCUUUGUAGCGCGUAACAGUCUGUUUGAGCACCUGAAGCAGCAUUACAGCAAUGAGGAAUUCAAGUGCGACAUUUGCGGCAAGACGUUCAAGUCAACAAAGAAUCUGCAGAACCACAAGCAGAUCCACGACAAGGUCAAGCGCUACGUCUGCCAGAUCUGCGGCUCGGCGUUCGCCCAGGCUGCCGGUCUCUAUCUUCACAAGCGUCGGCACAAUCGACCCAACGGAGCCGUCGGCGCUGUCGGGCGUUCGGGUCGUAGCAGUCUGUGAGAUAGGGAUUGGGAGAGGGACAAGGACAAGGACAAGGACUGGUCCAAGGCCAAGACCCGCGGUCGGGGGCGGGGACGUGGCCGCGGGCGUGGGCGCUAUGUCAAAUAGUUUUUAAAGUAACUGAAACUGAAACUGUAACUGCAACUGUAACGUCUUUAAAUUGCCAGCAACCCAGGCAGCUUAGUUAGCUUUCUUAAUAUUACAUUUAGACUCACUCGAUGUUCAGCCCUAUUUGCAAUUCGAUUCGGUUGGAAUUUGAAGGUACUAAAGUGGAAGAACUAAAACUACGAAAUACUUUGUAGAAUUCACUUCACUGUCAAAAUGUAUUGAAACCUUUAAUUGGAGUCUAUUUGAACACCUUACGUGUUUCCUUAGAAAUUCGAAAUAUGUCCCUCUUAUUUUGUCUGAAUCGGAAACGUAAGCUGGGUAUCUCUUGUAUUAUUUGUUUAAUAUAUUAAUAGUAACCUAAAUGUAGUUGUAUUUUACAUGAACCCACUUACCUGUAGACGUACUUAAGAGCAAAAAGUAUUUAACAACGCCCAUGAAUGCAACUUUAGAUUUAAGCAAAAUGGCCAACACUUCCUUCCACUUCCCAAUGAUUCUUGAGUAAGUUCAAAUAGACAGAAAUAGAGAGAGGAGAGUCCAGAAAGAAAGAGAGGGCUUGAUGGGUACUUAUAAUAAAUAACAAAUACUUAACAUUUCUGUGCCAAUUUUGAGUUCUUCUCCUCAAACACAUAACACAAAGAAUGUAAUUAACUUUUAAGAAUUGUAAACAUUCCUCCCCGUCCCCUUUAAUCGACGUGCGCGAGCCGAUGCAUUCCAGAACUAAGUAUUUCAUAAAGUAUUCUAUGUACUAACUAUAUAUUUAUAUGCAAAAACUAAAAGUGCAGACAAGCAUUUGCCAUCAAACUGACAAACAGAAUAGAAAACCAAGCAACUUAAACCGAUAAUUAACAGCAAUAACUAAGUUUCUAAGCAUCUAACAAACAAUUAAGUGUAAGCCACUAAAAGAGAAACACAUACAAAUGUAAUGUACAGUGCAUGGCGCAGCUAUAAGGCAAGUGCCACACUGCCCUAUGGCUACAAAACGCACUGUCUGCGAACGACUGAAUCUGUAAUACAUUUCGAGGCGAGAGUUAUGGUCUCGAAAAUCGCGCCGCUUCGUCCUGUAAUCGUAACUGUAACCGUAUUUGUAACCGCAUCUGUAAAUAUAUAACUCGAGCAGGCCGAUUAACUAUUGACAACAGACAUAGCUAUAGCCAUGGCAAUAUAGCAUACGGAAACGAGAGCCCACUGCUGGCUGAAGCUUCAUUUAGGCCUAAGUUCAUUUAGCACAAUUUCGCAGACCCGGAUCUGCUGCUUACUCAUGCGAAAUUAACGAAAAUCAAAGACCUUAUCAAGGCCCACGCCGAUAACGGAUCAACUUGGUUUCCUUUGGAGUUAGACGAGCAUUCAAACAAAUUGUGAAAUAGUUAACAGCAACGAGGAGACAAAAACUUAAAGGCCAGAAGGAGAUUAAUAAUCACAAGAAUCGUAACAAAAGUGCGCUUCCAGGAGAAUCAGACGGAAAAAACACAACCUACAAAAAGCAAAGAGAAACUCAUCCGAUAAAAACGAAAUAUAUAAACAAAUUAGCAGCAUAAUGAGUAUUUUUAACCAUAAGAAGCGUCUUCUAAACAUGUAAAUUAACUGAGAGAAAAAGAAACAAAUCACAAUUUUAUUUAUCCUAGUAAUAUCAAAUGAGAUUUUAGUACGAUACAAUAUACACACACAUAUUCGAAGUAUUCUCGAAUAAAUAGGUUUAAAUAAUUUAAAAACAAAA